CCUGGCAAGGUCAGACUGCCGGGCUCCCAGGCUCCAUAAAACAGGGCAUCGAGGCCACCUGGGCAGCUGCCUCACCAUGGCUUCCUGGUCCCUCCUGCUCCUUGCCCUGGAGCUCCUGGCCACCCCAGGUCUGGCCUUUACUCGUCUGACCCCCGAGCACCAUGACCUGGUGAUGGCUGACCUGCAUGAUGGAGAGCAGUUCUACCAGAGUUUGGCCCAGGAGGGUCUCCAGGGUGACCUGCUGAUCACACGGGAGGGGAUGAGCAUCAACUGUUGGUCUUGUACGAAGAUAAUCCAGAAGCUGGAGAAAAUGGUGGGCAAGCAGCCUGACAAGGACAGCAUCGCCCAGGCUGCGUCCCGAGUGUGCAGCAAGAUGAGGUUGCUGACAGGCCUCUGCAAGAAGAUCAUGAAGACGUUUCUUCGUCGCAUCUCCAAAGACAUCAUGGCUGGCAAAACACCCAAUGAAAUCUGUGUGGACAUCAAGAUGUGCAAACCUUGAGCAGCUCGGCAACACAUACAGCCUCCCGACUGGCUUCAAGGCUGCGAAUCUGGUGUGU